CAAGGGGACUCUCUGUCCCCAGUAACAGCAGAGAUGGCAGGUUUAUCAAGCUUCUCUCUACCCAGCUGUGUCCUCACCCUUCUCUUCCUUCAGCUGUCUUCCAGUUAUGCAGGACAGUUCAGAGUGAUAGGCCCAGGGCACCCCAUCCGGGCUCUGGUCGGGGAUGAAGUGGAGCUGCCAUGUCGCUUAUCUCCUGGGAAGAAUGCUACAGGCAUGGAAGUGGGGUGGUACCGCCCCCCCUUCUCUAGGGUGGUCCAUCUCUACAGAAAUGGCAAGGACCAAGAUGCUGAGCAGGCACCUGAAUAUCGGGGCCGGACAGAGCUGCUGAAAGAGACUAUUGGUGAAGGAAAGGUGACUCUCAGGAUCCGGAAUGUAAGGUUCUCAGAUGAAGGAGGUUUCACCUGUUUCUUCCGAGAUCACUCUUACCAAGAAGAGGCAGCAAUGGAAUUGAAAGUGGAAGAUCCCUUCUACUGGAUCAACCCUGGAGUGCUGGUCCUCAUUGCUGUGCUGCCUGUGCUCCUUCUGCAGAUCACCGUGGGCCUCGUCUUUCUCUGCCUGCAACACAGAUUGAGAGGAAAACUCCGAGCAGAAAUAGAGAAUCUUCACCGGACCUUCGAUCGCCACUUUCUGAGGGUGCCCUGCUGGAAGAUAACCCUGUUUGUAAUUGUACCAGUUUUUGGACCCCUGGUUGCCUUGAUCAUCUGCUACAACUGGUUGCAUCGAAGACUGGCAGGGCAGUUUCUUGAGGAACUAAGUAAGUUCUCUUCUCUUUCUUAUAAACUGAGAACAAAAAGCCAGGAAAGGGAAACUGAAGCUACAAAGAAGGGGUUACUGAAGACGCCCAAUCCCAGGACAGGAGGGGCUGGAAAGCAUGGUGKAGGAGGACUCACCCUGUGAGGGAGAGGGAAGAAGGCAGUUGUCAG